GAACCGCAGUUCUCUGGACCAGCAACGUCGACACAAGGUGACGGGACUCACGUAGUAAGUUCAAGUGGGGUCCGGACCUUGCCAGAGGCUCUGCAUUCCACGAUGACAGGCUUGCCACGCUGCGGUAGCCCUUAGGCGUGUGCGGCAGGCAUUUGGAUCAACUAAGGUAGGCCUUGGGGCGCGGAGGACGUGGGUCUAGACCGAGACGGUUGAGGCACGACUGCCCUGUCCCACCGGCGAGGGAAGGAGGGAAGUUCGCCCUCAGCGCUGCAGCUGCUCAGUCUGGGCGGCUGACACCUGGUCCCUGGGCAAACAGUGUGUGAGAUGGGACGAACGUCAAAGGACAAGCGGGAUGUCUACUACCGCUUGGCCAAGGAGAAUGGCUGGCGUGCCCGCAGUGCCUUCAAGCUGCUACAACUGGAUGAGGAAUUCCAGCUCUUCCAAGAUGUGACACGGGCAGUUGACCUUUGUGCAGCCCCGGGCAGCUGGAGCCAGGUGCUAAGCCAGAAGAUCGGGAGCCAGGGUUCUGGCCACGUAGUGGCCGUGGACCUUCAGGCUAUGGCUCCGCUACCAGGUGUAUUACAGAUCCAGGGGGACAUCACCCAGCUGUCCACUGCCAAGGAGAUCAUCCAGCACUUUGAGGGCUGCCCUGCGGACCUAGUGGUGUGUGACGGGGCUCCCGAUGUAACUGGCCUCCAUGAUGUUGAUGAGUAUAUGCAGGCCCAGCUCCUCCUAGCCGCUCUAAACAUUGCUACACAUGUCUUGAAACCAGGAGGCUGCUUUGUAGCCAAGAUUUUCCGAGGCCGGGAUGUGACACUGAUCUACAGCCAACUGCGUGUCUUCUUCUCCAGCGUGCUCUGUGCCAAACCCAGGAGCAGCCGGAACUCGAGCAUCGAGGCCUUUGCUGUCUGUCAGGGUUAUGACCCCCCUCACGGCUUCCUGCCGGACCUGACCAAACCCCUGCUGGACCACUCUUACGAUCCAGAUUUCAACCAAUUAGAUGGUCCCACCCGCAUCAUUGUGCCAUUUGUGACCUGUGGGGACCUGAGCUCCUAUGAUUCGGACCGCAGUUACCCACUGGACCUGGAGGACGGCUCAGAGUACAAGUAUACUCCACCCACGCAGCCCCCCAUCUCGCCACCAUAUCAGGAGGCCUGCACAUUGAAGAAGAAGGGGUGGCUGGCCAAGGAGAUCCGCCCUCAGGACUGCCCCAUCAGCACAGUGGACACAUUGCCCCAGCCCUUGGCUGCCCCACAGUGUCACACCCUGCUGGCCUCUGAGGUCUGGAAACACAUGGCCCAGGGCCCGCAGUGCCCCCCUCCCAGUGUGCCUCUUUCUACCCCGAAAUCACAUGGUUUCUGGGGCCAAAAUUCUCUUCCCUACCUCCCAAUAGCUAUAAAAAUCAUGGGUAAAACCAAGUAUAAUGAGUAGAAUAGCUUAGCCAAGUAACUGAGUCCCUAUUUUUUUUUCUUGGGUAGGUGGAAGACAGUGAAAUGAAUUGUUCACCUUAACACAUUAAGGUAAAUUUGUCUUUUUAUCUAAGAGUUUGAGUACAGGGCACCUUUAAGAAAAAGAUCAGUAAAAUCUCACCUUUGACAUUUUUACAUCAACUGAUAAGAUUUCAGUCAGUAGACCUUUACUAAGCAUCUGGUGUUGCAUGUCAGGAACUGCUUUAAGCAUUUUACAUGUUACAUAUUGAGGCAUUCCAUAGGCAUUUAUUAUGCACGCAUCAUGUGCUAGGCAUUGUUCUAGGUUGGGAGGUAGAGUGGGAAAUGAAAUAGGCAAAUACCUUGGCUGUUGUAGAGCUGCUAGAUUGAGGAAGAGGUAAUAAACAACAACACACUCUGAAUAAAUGCAGGGGAUUACACACACACACUAUAUACAGAGGGUGCCAAAAAUGUAUAUACAUUUAAGAAAGGAAAAAACACUGUUAAAAUUGUAAUACUCAAUAUAUACCGAUAACAAAAAAUUAAUGCAAGUCGUAUAUACAUUUUUUGGGACCCCCAGUAUAUACCAACAUACACAUUUAUAGUUUGCAUUUCACUGUAUUUAUACAGCUUGUAUUGUAGUAUAUAUGUAUGUGUAUAUACACACAUAUAUUUUAUAUAUAGUAUGUAAAAGUAAUACUGGAUAUGAAAUUUUUAAAAAAUAAAACAGGGUAAAGAGAACCAGGAAUUAUGGGGGUGACUGUGUGCUGUUUUUAAAAGGGUUGCCAUGGGCGGCCUCACAGAGGUUGGGUUUGAGCAGAGACCUGAAGGAGAUGAGGCAGGGAAUACAUGUAUGCAUCUAAGAGACAGUAUUCCAGGGAGAGGAAAUAGCAGAUGCAAAGGCCCUGAGGUGGAACUGUGCCCGGUGUGAGGGAGCAGUGAGGAGCCAAUUGGCUCAUAGCAGAGUGAGCUAAGCCUGUCAGUGCCAAAAGGCUUCUCAUCCUCAGGACCUCAUGUUAGAGGACGUCCCUUUCUGACAGUGGCUUAGCAGUUGUUCAGACCAAGUCUUCCAUUACAAAAAAAGAAGUAAAAAAAGACACCUUUAAACUAAUGAAACAGCAAAUCACAGUGGGGAAAGAUAUUUACAACUCCUAUAUAUAGUAUCCUUGAUGUUAAAAAGCUCUUAUAGGGCCGGCCGAGUGGCGCGAUGGUUAAGAACUCGCUUGGGAUGCCAGAGGGCCCCGGUUCGGAUCCCACA